CACGUGCAUGGAAUGGUACCGUGCCCCGGGCCAGCAGGCUGGGCUCACCAUGGUGCCAGGUGCCAUCCUGGCACGAGGGAAGGACGUGUGCAAGAGAAAUGGACUACUCAUCCUGUCUGUGCUGUCCGUCACCGUGGGCUGCCUUCUCGGCUUCUUCCUGAGGACCCGUCGCCUCUCACCACAGGAAAUUAGUUACUUCCAGUUUCCUGGGGAGCUCCUGAUGCGGAUGCUGAAGAUGCUGAUCCUACCACUGGUGGUCUCCAGCUUGAUGUCCGGCCUCGCAUCCCUGGAUCCCAAGACCUCCAGCCGCCUGGGCGUCCUCACCGUGGCGUACUACCUGUGGACCACCUUCAUGGCUGUUGUUGUGGGCAUCAUCAUGGUCUCCAUCAUUCACCCGGGUGGCGCGGCCCAGAAGGAGAGGACAGAGCAGAGCGGGAAGGCCAUCAUGAGCUCUGCCGACGCCCUGCUGGACCUCAUCCGGAACAUGUUCCCAGCCAACCUGGUGGAAGCCACAUUCAAACAGUACCGCACCAAGACCACCCCCGUUGUCAAAUCCCCCAAGAUGGCAUCCGAAGAGGCCCCUUCUCGGCAAAUCCUCAUCUACGGGAUCCAGGAAGAGAAUGGCUCUCAUGUUCAAAACUUCGCCCUGGACCUGACCCCACCACCUGAGGUUGUUUACAAGUCAGAGCCUGACACCAUCGAUGGCAUGAAUGUGCUGGGCAUCGUCAUCUUCUCUGCCACCAUGGGCAUCAUGCUGGGCCGUAUGGGUGACAAUGGAACCCCUCUAGUCAGCUUUUGCCAGUGCCUCAAUGAGUCUGUCAUGAAGAUUGUGGCGGUGGCUGUGUGGUACUUCCCCUUCGGCAUUGUGUUCCUCAUCGCCGGCAAGAUCCUGGAGAUGGACGACCCCACGGCCGUCAGAAAGAAGCUGGGCUUCUAUGCCAUCACCGUGGUGUGUGGGCUGGUGGUCCACGGCCUCUUCAUCCUGCCCCUGCUUUACUUCUUCAUUACCAGAAAGAACCCCAUUGUGUUCAUCCGCGGCAUCCUCCAGGCCCUGCUUAUCGCACUGGCCACCUCCUCCAGCUCAGCCACACUGCCCAUCACCUUCAAGUGCCUGCUGGAGAACAACCACAUUGACCGGCGCAUUGCCCGCUUUGUGCUGCCUGUGGGCGCCACCAUCAACAUGGACGGCACCGCACUCUACGAGGCCGUGGCUGCCAUCUUCAUUGCCCAGGUCAACAACUAUGAGCUGGAUUUUGGCCAGAUCAUCACCAUCAGCAUCACGGCCACCGCGGCCAGCAUCGGGGCAGCUGGCAUCCCCCAGGCUGGGCUCGUCACCAUGGUCAUCGUGCUUACCUCUGUGGGACUGCCCACUGACGACAUCACCCUCAUCAUCGCUGUCGACUGGGCUCUGGACCGCUUCCGCACCAUGAUUAACGUGCUGGGGGAUGCACUGGCCGCGGGGAUCAUGGCCCACAUCUGCCGGAAGGACUUCGCUCAGGACACAGGCACUGAGAAAGUGCCGCCCUGUGAGACCAAGCCUGUGAGCCUCCAGGAGAUCGUGGCAACCCAGCAGAAUGGCUGUGUGAAGAGCGUGGCUGAGGCCUCAGAGCUGACCCUUGGCCCCACCUGUCCCCACCACGUCCCCAUCCAGGUGGAACAGGACGAGGAGUCAGCUACCACCUGUCUGGACCACUGCACCAUUGAGAUUAGUGAGCUUGAGACCAACGUCUGAGCCUGCAGGGCUGUGGGGGUCCGGGGAGGCCUCCAGGCUUGGGACCAAGGGCAGGAUCUCAACACACCUACUUUUAUGAGCACCUGAUGGGAGCCAGGCUCACACACUCUUCCCACCCUCGAGAGGUCAGAAUUAGCCCCACUCGUCAGACAGUGGAGGCUCAGAAGGGCAACACUGUAGGUGGGAGCCUCCCCUGGAGAAUGAAGAGGCAGCAUGGCCCGAGCCCCGGCUGUGACAUGUCUACUGUGAUGACCUAGGAGGGUGGCAGGCAGGGGCUAUCUGGGCCCACUUUCCAGAUCAAAUGGUUAAGGCUCUGUGAGCUGAAAACACUUGCCCCAGGUCUCUGAGCAAAUAGUGCCAGGGCCAGGACUCUAACUCAAAUCUUUCAAGCCUUGGCCAGUCCUUCCUAGGGGAUGGGGGCCUGCAGGGCCAGAGGCGAAGGGUCUCUGCCCCCUCCAGGAGCUCUGCCACUGCCUUCAGUUUAUGAAGACACAAGAGUAGUCUGGUUCUACCCCAGCUGUGUCCCUGCCCAGGCCCAUCCCCCUCCCUGCCCCGUAACACAUGUCCUCCGACACACAGCUCUCCCCGAGGAUGGCCCGACCCAAGGCCAAGUCCCACUGCCUGCCACGUGCCACAGCCCAUCCCACCAGUUGUCUCUCACAAAACUCAGCUGAUGUGGAGAGGGGAUGUCUUCAGAAGAGCCGCAGAGACCCUUAGAAUCAUCUGG